CCCAGAUCAGUGAAAGCCCACCCCAACCCGUCGACUCUCUUUGCAGGGGGGACGGCACAGCGCAUCGUCAGCUCCUUCGCCCCCUCUCCAUCCCGGGCCGAGUCCAAUCCGAAGCCACACGGCGAGAGAAAUGGCGGCGGCGGCGCUCCGUCCGGCGAUCCUCCGCCGCAUCCGCCUCUCCCCCUCCCCGCCGCUCGCCCUCGCCGCCGCGGCGUCCCACCCGCACGCCCUGGCGCGGUGGCUCGCGCGGCCCAUGUCCUCCCACGACGCGCACCUCACCCGCGAGGAGGUCGUCGACCGCGUCCUCGACGUCCUCAAGAGCCACCCCAAGGUGGAUCCCUCCAAGGUGACUCCCGAGGCGCACUUCGAGAAGGAUCUGGGGCUGGACAGCCUGGACACCGUAGAGGUGGUGAUGGCCAUCGAGGAGGAGUUCAAGCUCGAGAUCCCGGACAAGGAGGCCGACAAGAUCGACUCGCUCCCGCUCGCCAUCGAGUACGUCGCCAACCACCCCAUGGCCGGCUGAGCCUCAGCUCGCCGGAGGUGAGGUCUCUUGGUUUUUUGUUUCCGAGGGCAAAUAAUUGGCCGGAGUGGCGCAGGAAAACGUGUCCCUGGCGCUCCGCAUUGCUUCGCGGGCGGACGAUAAUGUCGAAAGGGAACAUUAACAUUUUGUUUCUCAGACGAGGCAAUGUUAGAUUGCUGUUUUCAGUGUGUUAUCUAUAUGUCAAACUAGUUUGGUCGGUUACAAUCCUGCCUAUUGUUCCAUUAUCUGAUUGUUCAAAUUGGGUUCAUAAAAGUUUAUUACACUUAUUUACCAGUUUUCUUCCA